AUGAAACCAACUAUAGACGUGGAAUCGUUACGUACAGAGCACGAAUCUGACGAGCAAUGGGAAGUUCGUCGUAAUUUCAUGCUGGAGCAUAAGGAUAGCUUUGAAGAAGCUGAGCUGGUCACUUUAGCUCAGUUAUUCACCAACAUUGAGUUUUUGGGAUGCAGAUACCCUCCACAAACAAUGAAAAGAAUAGCAAAGCUAGCUGAGAAGGUUUCUAAAACUUACAAAGACAGCAGAAAGAAUAAGCUGAAGAGAACAUUUGUACAAGCGAGCGACGCUGCGGAACAAAAGGCUAAAAGAAGUUUUAAGUAA